GAUAGAUAGAUAGAUAGAUAGAUAGAUAGAUAGAUAGAUAACGAAAUAAAUGAUAAAUAUAUAAAAUCCUGGGUCCAAACAAGUCUGAUGAUCGGCAGACAGGUAAUUCUUAGGAGUUGGAAGUCACAGGGCAUUCCCUCCUUUAAAGAAUGGGCAGUAGAACUAGCCUUCGAGAAAGUAUCUUACACGCAGAUGGACAAGCCAAACUUAUAUUACAGAAAAUGGUCCAGGUACCUAACCUUUGUGGCAAUAGGUUAAUACUGUGAAAAUGUGUUGAUUGUAUUAUUUUAAGUGUGUUGUGCUAUGUGCUGUCUGGAUGUAUUGUUUCUUGUUUUUUUUUUAUUCCAGUUUUCUCAUGGAAGUAUGAUUUAACUUAACGUUUUAACGUUUUCUCAUGGAAGUAUGAUUUAAUGAAGCGAAUGGGACAAAAGUGGAUUCUGUAUGAAUUUAUUGUAUCAAUCAAAUUUCUUUUGGAGACUUGUAUGAGAAUCAAGAAAAAUUGUUAAUUAAAAAAAAAAACAUUGCAACACAUAAUAUAUACCAAGACAACAUUACUGAAAGUCAACAUCAAAGAGAACAGAGAAAAACAGAAGUGCAUAAAAGAUAAAGAUCAGCAGUCAGGGGAGGAGAAGUAUGGCAAGAUGAGUUUUAACUAAUCUGCUCUUCUUUGUUUAUUCAUGCAAUUUCCUUUUUUACAGAGUGAUUGCAUCAUCAAAUGAUGCGGGACUGCCUUAAUGUUCAAAUGUAUCAUCAAAUGUCCCAACCAGCUUCAUAGAUCCGUGCUAAACUCAUGGCAAAGCCAGACAUGGAUUAAAAGUCCUGACAGCCAAUCAAGGCUCAGCGGUCAGAGGAAAGUGGCAAUACAGAUUUACAAGCAUACCGACGUUCAACAAGGUGUCUGCGUGAAUGCAGUAAUAUAACCGAGAUUUGAUGUGAAACAGCCACAUUCGAGAACGAUGGAGACCUUGUCCCAGAGCUCCAAGCUGGAGUGCCAAAUCUGUUUCAACUACUUCAGCCAGCGGCACCGUCCCAAACUGCUGCACUGCCAGCAUACAUGCUGCUCCGUGUGCCUGAGCCAGAUGAGGCUCAGUCAGAGAGAGAUCCGCUGCCCCUGGUGCCGGUGCGUGACACAGCUCCCCAGCGGCCUGGCCAUCUCCCAUCUCCCAGACAACCCGGAAGUGCUCUCCGUCAUCAGUCUGUCACACUCCUCCGAGCAUACUCCCAUCUUCAUACACUUACCCAACAAUGGUUGCUACCUAUUGCCCGUUCCUCUGGACACUGAUGGGCCGCUGAUCCCCGGAGAGCCAGCGUGCCGCUUCACUCCUAAACGUGCUGGUGUGUUAAAUGUCUCAGAUGGACGGAGCCUGGUGUUGGGGUAGGAUCAUGGUGAGGAGGGGAUGGGGGACGAGGUGGCUGUUAAGACUACUGCAUGGACAGGAGUGUGCACUGUGCUUCUUGUGGCGUUCAUUUUGUUUUUUCUGCUAGGCAUUGUGUUGCACAAUAUGUCAUGCGUCUCCAAACGAUUCACCAUUAUUUCCUGUGGUUGAGAUCGGUCCAGCUCACACAAUGCAUUGCAAGAUGUCUCGUUUGAUUUUACAGUAGUGAUUAUGGAUAUCAUAUAACCUAUAUGACAGGAUAGGAUGAUGACUAUACAUGAGAUACAUGAGAGAAAAGGGUAAUGAAAUAAAACAUUACUAUCAGCGGAGGUUAAGAGAAUAAUCUAUGCAGAUCAGUAUUUCAGAUGUCAAUGAAAGCCUUACUUGUUAGGGAAUUUGUUCAGUUAAUGUGCAGAAAUGUCAUUAAUGAAUCUAGCAGUAUUAAUGUAUUCGCAUGUCUUUUAAGUAUAUGAGGGAAAUACUAUUUCAAGCUGACUCUAAACUUUACUGAAUCAUAUAUUCUUGACAGUACUGUCCAGUUUGUUACGGAACAGUAAAAUCCACAUAUAGGCUGUAUAGUAUCACUGCCCUGGAAUGAUGCUAAUUUCUGUAUGUAUCUAAAUGGGUCUUUUGUUUAAAGAUUUGUAAUGUACAGAUUUACAGUUUCUUUCUGUACCAAAUUAAGUUUUUUACUUGUGGAUUUUGACUUUGUCUUGUUAAACUAAUUAAAAUGUGUCUCAGGUAGAUUUGGUUACAUGACAGAUCUUGUUUCUUUUCUACGCUUUGUUAGAAAUUAUUUAAAAAUUUCUUAAAUACUCAUGCUGGUCAUUUUCUUAAAGCUCCACAGAUUUUUUGGGUGCUGUGAUUAUUAAGGCAUUUGGUUAUAAAAUAUUGCUGGUUAGCAA